AUGGAGCCCCACCUGCUCGGGCUGCUCCUCGGCCUCCUGCUCUGUGGCACCAGGGUCCUCGCCGGCUACCCAAUUUGGUGGUCCCUGGCCCUGGGCCAGCAGUACACAUCCCUGGGCUCACAGCCCCUGCUCUGCGGCUCCAUCCCAGGCCUGGUCCCCAAGCAACUGCGCUUCUGCCGCAAUUACAUCGAAAUCAUGCCCAGCGUGGCCGAGGGCGUGAAGCUGGGCAUCCAGGAGUGCCAGCACCAGUUCCGGGGCCGCCGCUGGAACUGCACCACCAUCGACGACAGCCUGGCCAUCUUCGGGCCCGUCCUCGACAAAGCCACCCGCGAAUCGGCCUUCGUGCACGCCAUCGCCUCAGCCGGCGUGGCCUUCGCCGUCACACGCUCCUGUGCCGAGGGCACCUCCACCAUCUGUGGCUGCGACUCGCAUCAUAAAGGGCCGCCCGGCGAGGGCUGGAAGUGGGGCGGCUGCAGCGAGGACGCCGACUUCGGGGUGCUUGUGUCCCGGGAGUUCGCGGACGCACGUGAGAACAGGCCGGAUGCGCGCUCGGCCAUGAACAAGCACAACAACGAAGCUGGCCGCACGACCAUCCUGGACCACAUGCACCUCAAGUGCAAGUGCCACGGGCUGUCGGGCAGCUGCGAGGUCAAGACCUGCUGGUGGGCCCAGCCCGACUUCCGCGCCAUCGGGGACUUCCUCAAGGACAAGUACGACAGCGCCUCGGAGAUGGUGGUGGAGAAGCACCGGGAGUCCCGUGGCUGGGUGGAGACCCUCCGCGCCAAGUACGCGCUCUUCAAGCCGCCCACUGAGAGGGACCUGGUCUACUACGAGAACUCCCCCAACUUUUGCGAGCCCAACCCCGAGACGGGCUCCUUCGGCACCAGGGACCGGACUUGCAAUGUCACCUCCCACGGCAUCGAUGGCUGCGACCUGCUCUGCUGCGGCCGCGGCCACAACACAAGGACGGAGAAGCGGAAGGAGAAAUGCCACUGCAUCUUCCACUGGUGCUGCUACGUGAGCUGCCAGGAGUGUAUCCGCAUCUACGAUGUGCACACCUGCAAGUAG